AUGGCUCUUGCAAAGAAAGGUGCUGAGAAGAAGGGCCAUUCAGCCAUUAAUGAGGUAGGGACCAGAGAAGACACGAUCAACAAGGGAGUCCGUGGAGUGGGUUUCAGGAAGCAUGCUCUUCUGGCUCUUGAAGAGAUCCAGAAAUUUGCUGUGAAGGAGAUGGGAACUUUAGGUGUACCCAUUGACACCAGGCUCAACUGAGCCGUUUGGGCCACAGGAAUAAAAGUCUCUUACCAUAUCCAGGUGCAGUUUUCUAGAAAAUGCAAUGAGGCUGAAGAUUCACCAAACACACUCUAUACGUUGGUUACCUAUGUACCUGUUGCCACUUUCAGAAAUCUACAAAUAGUGAAUGUGAUUGAGAACUAA